AUGGGCACAGGGCGUUCCUGCUGCAGUUCUGGCUCCGGGGCCCAGCAGGGCUCCUCGGUGGAGAUGAAAGCCAGGCUACCGGCUUCUGCCCGGUCCCAGGAGGAGAAUGCGGUCCAGGUUCCGGCCUUGGAAAAAUCUGUCAUUGCUCAACCAAUAUUUAUUUUUGAAAAGAGGGAGCAAUCUUUUAAGAGGCCUGCGGAAGAAACCCUGCACGAAACAGCGGAACCUGAAUGUAAUGGUUUUUCAAGAAAGCGCAUACGGUCUUCAUCUUUUUCUUUGCAAACUACAGAUUCUCAGUCCCAAGGAGUGAAGAAAAACAAUGUUUUUAUGACACCAACUCUUGUGCAAAGGAGUGUUGACAUGAACAGUGCAGAACAAAGUCCUUUGAAACAUUCUGAACAUGUCCUAAGACCUGCUAUUUUGCAGCCACCUCGAGCUCAAAGUUGUGAAAAAGUAAGACACCAUGCAUUGGAACACUGCAAGACUAAAGAACAAACAAAAAAUAAGAUUUCCGAGAAGAACUCCUCUUUGCUAAGUGAAAAUUUGCCAAGUGCUGGAAUUUCAAUCCAGCUGUCUACCAACCAGAUUCUUUUGGGUGCUGCAUCAGUAGGAUGUCAACCAAAUGAAGAUAAGUAUUCCUUUAAAAGCUGCAGUUCUGACUUCGUUUUUGGAGAAAACAUGGUAGAAAGAGUUUUGGGUAUGCAAAAACUCACCCAGCCUCACCUUGAAAAUGACUCCUAUGCCAAGGAAAAGCCAUUCAAAUACACUCUAAAAUUUCCUAUCAACUCUCCAAGCUCAAGAACAGACACUAUUAAAAAUAUAUCCCUGAUUGAAUCAGCUGCUGCUCUCUCUUCCAAAUCAUCACCAAAAUGCUUGCUGAAGAAAAUUGAUGUAAUAACAGGGGAAGAAGCGGAAUAUAAUGUGUUAAAGGUCAACUGCAAGCUUUUUGUGUUCAACAAAACCACCCGGUCCUGGACUGAAAGGGGCCGGGGAGCGCUGAGGCUGAAUGACACAGCUGGCAGUGACCGGGGGGCCUUCCAGUCAAGACUAAUUAUGCGCAAUCAAGGCAGCCUGAGGCUGAUUCUCAAUAGCAAACUCUGGACUCAAAUGGAGAUUCAAAGAGCAAACCACCAAAAUUUACGAAUAACAGCUACUGAUUUAGAAGACUAUCACAUCAAAGUGUUUUUAAUUCAGGCCAGUGCCAAAGACACAGAAUCGCUGUAUGCAGCCAUACAUCACCGUCUUGUUGCUCUUCGAAGCUUCGAGAAGCAGAAAGAUGUCAAUCAAGCUGAGAGCCAGGCAGAAGCAGCCCUCCCACAACUAAACUGCGACAGCUGUGAUGAGGAUGAGGAUGGUUUCACCCAAGGCACUAAAAAUAGAUCAGAUCCUUCUAGAUGGACCCACCGACAGUCAGUUGCCUGUUCAUGAGUGCCACCUACUAUAACAUGACGACAUCUACACAAAGAUUGGUCACCAACUGAAAAUACUAAGCCAUCUUCACUAAACGAGAAGAUCCUUUUCAUCCCUUGAAGAGUUUUAAUAGAAAAGUUCAUGAAAUAUAUUUGUUGCAAUUGAAGUUUUUCUCUUAUGUAGUCUGGUAAUUCUGAGGUCUUACAUUUUGAUUAUUGUGGAGAAAGUGACAGAAUUUAAGAAAUACAUGGACUUUGGAAGUUCAAAAUGUGUCAUUUUUGGAGAAGUUAACUUAGAAUAGGAUUUGAUAACUAAUUUGGACUAUUCAUCACAUUGAUGGAUAUAAUAGUUAAAAUGAUAAAUUGCUGGAUUUGAUAAAUAGCUAAGUAAAAUCUUUAUUUUUUCAGUCAUGCAUUGUGUGGCCAUAAAACAAAUAUUUUAUAAUAUUUCCAGUCAUUUCUUUGAAAACCACUCUAACUGCAUAACAUUUCAUUAAAACAUGUUUUUCUUCUGA